AUGGCGGAUGGUGAUAAUGGUUUAUUGAUGAUGAUGGUGAGGAAGAAGAGACAGAGUAUGGGAAGACAAAAGAUUGCUAUGAAGAGGAUAGAGAAUGAGGAGGCUAGACAAGUUUGUUUUUCGAAGCGGCGGGCGGGCUUGUUCAAGAAGGCUACGGAGCUUUCAAUUCUAUGUGGGGCGGAGAUUGGUAUAGUGGUGUUCUCACCGGCAGGUAAGCCUUUCUCGUUCGGCCACCCUUCGCUUGACUAUAUAACGAAACGAUUCCUCGGUGGCGGUGGCAACAACAACGACGUUGAAGUGGUGGGGCCAUUGUGUGGGAUGUUCGUUGAAGGUCAAAAAUUGCUUCAACUAAACCAAGAGCAUGCAGGGUUGACGGAGAAGUUGGAGGAGGCGAGGAGAAUGAGGGCGAAGUUGGAGGCUGGGGUUGCGGCCCAGCGGGGCAGGUCGGGUUUGUCGUGCGACGUGGAGGUGCAUGAAAUGUGUGUAGAGGAUCUAGAGAGCUUCCAGAAGCGGCUCGAGGAGUUGCGAAGGGGCGUUACGAACAGGCGCGAGGAGCUCGAGAUUCUCUGCAUAGAUACGAAGGUGGCAAGGGGAGGCGUUCCGCCACAAUUGGGCUAUGGAGGUUGGUAUUUGGGUGGGUAUAAUGGAUUAUAUUUAACACCGGCUCCGGUCGGCUGGUUCUAUGGGCACGACCAAGACAUGAAUAUGGGUUUUUCAGUUUGGUGA